GGUCAGGGUCAAACAGUUUUUAACGUCUCCUCAUUGCUCGUAUCAUUAGUGAGGUGGUGUUGUUUGGUAGGUCUAGGUGCUCGUGUCAUGGUAGGUCUAGGUGCUCGUGUAUGUGAGGCUUUUAGUUGAUACGGCCUGAGGUGUCUAUCAGGGUGAACACAUUUGAUGUAAGCUCGGAUAGUUACAUUGGAAAAUAAUCUCUUUUUUUUUAGGUAAGGUGAUGUCCCUCAGAAACUUUGCUUGGUUGUGGCUGAUAAGCUCUAUGGUCACGUGCCUUCUGGCGGAAGAUCAAGGCUGCGUCAGUCAUGUGUGUGGUAGCACCAGCACCAACAAUCACGUGAUUGACCUGACAGAACCCAAGAGACCCGGACCUUUUCAUGACCUAACAAAGACCGAAAUGAUCAAGCUCCGUGAGUUCCUGGAGAAAGAUCCCAACAUCCGAGCCGCCAAUACGAGCACAGCCACUCUCAACUCCAGUUACAUUUACAUGGCUGAUCUGUACCUGCCUAAGAAAUCAAAGGUUCUCAACUUUCUGGACAAUGCUGGUAAGCAGCCAGGUAGAUACGCACGUGUAAUGGUGAACCGCGGUGACCUUGACCCUCCAGUUGUUGAAGAGUACGUGUGCGGUCCUCUGCAUAAGAUCAUUAAAUGUAAGUUGAUGGUCUUGCGGAACAGAAGGAAUCCGGUGGAGUUCUCAGUCAGGCCGUUCAAUCAGAUGGAAAUGGAUAUCAUUGAUGAGUUCCUCUGGAGAACGCUCGAUGCUAAGAUUGGUCACAUCUUACGUGAAAGUUAUAAUGCUUCAGUCACUGGAUGUGACAAGGAUCCCACCGACUGUCUGACCUACAAUCCUGUACCUAUGUCAACUGGACUAUUGGACAACAUUAACCAGAGAAAAAUAUGGCUGUUUGCCAGUUUCGACGUCCCAUUUUAUACACUACAUCCUGUCGACUUCGGAGUCCUGUGUAAGCUCGAAGGUUCGGAUCCUAGAAAUUUGAUGGUGGAGAAGAUUUGGUACGCUGGCAGGAUAUACGACACUGUGGAGGAGCUGGUAGACGGAUACAACGCUAAAACAAUCCCCACAGUGAAAGUGGUCAAGCCAAAAGAGACCAACGAACUAUUUAGCACUUUGUACAGACGAGGACAGCCUCUACCCAAGAAACCACAGAGAGCACCGGUACAGGUAGAGCCAGACGGCAAGAGGUACUCACUCAAACACAGGAAGGUAGAGUACAUGGGCUGGACCUUCAACUUCCGGAUGUCAGCACUGACUGGACCGGUGGUGUAUGACGUCAGGUUUAAAGGGGAGAGAAUCGCUUACGAGAUAGGUGUGGCUGAAAUAGCUGUUUUUUAUUCUGGGAAAGACCCUUUACCUCAAAUAACGAAUUACGUGGACAGCGGUGUACUCUUAGGAUCACAUUCUAAGUCCCUUGUGCCAGGUGGAGACUGCCCAGAGUUUUCUACCCUUGUCAAUCAGACAUUCUGGAGUCAGCACCAAGACGAACCUGGAGUCCUUGACUCCACUUUCUGUCUGUUCGAGAUCAACAACGGUUACCCGCUUAGGAGACACUCGUCCUAUGAGAAGGAAGCUGGUUCAUUCUAUGGCGGCAUGUUGGAUUCUGUACUCACAUUAAGAUCCGCCUUGACGUUAGGAAAUUACGAUUACAUCAUCGAUUUUAUUUUUCAUCAAAAUGGUAUCUUGGAAUUUCGGCUAAUGAGUACAGGGUACAUCCUGCCCGCCUACUAUGCUAACAAAAAAGGCGACUACGGGUUCCGGCUCCACGAUUACAUCACCGGAAGUCUCCACCACCACAUGGCACACUUCAAAGUUGACCUGGAUGUGGGCGGUACGUCUAACCGUUAUGAGACUCUAGACGUCGUUAGAGAGACGGUCAGACUGAAAUCUCGACCCCACGUGAAGUACUAUCAAAACAAAGUGGUCCGAAAACUGAAGACCACAGAGAAAGCCGCUGUAUAUGACUACCACUUCAAGAAACCAAAAUACCUGCUGGUGCACAAUGAUGCCAAGAGAACAAAAUACAACCAGUUGAAAGGAUUUAGAAUUCAGCUAAACGGCAUCUCUUACAACCUGCUGCCCCGUGACCAGGGCAAUGAGCGCACCAUCCCCUGGGCACGGCACCAGAUGGUGGUCACUAGGCACAAGGACGACGAGAUCUGGUCCAGCUCCAACUACGGCAUGUUUGACGGCCUUGACCCUGUGGUCAACUUCACCAAAUUUUAUGACGACGACGAAGACAUUGUUGACAAGGACCUGGUAUUCUGGCUGACUGGGGGCAUGCAUCACAUCCCCCACACUGAAGACCUGCCUGUGACCCCAAGUGUAGGCAAUCACCUGACCUUCUUUUUGCUGCCCUACAACUAUUUCGAUGAGUGUCCGUCAAUGGGUUCACGGGAUGCAAUGUAUAUCAAACACAUUGACCCACGUGACCCCACCAAAGGUGUUACUGUUGACAGGAACGGCAACUCAAGAGACCAGUGUGUCAUCCCGAAGUCAACCCUAGAGGAGACAGUUAGUGACAACCCUGACCUUAUCCUAGAGAGCAGGAGAAAGAAUUUUAUUUUAUACUGACUGGCUUAAAAAUAAAGAACCAAA